AGGCAAGGCAAGCAUCUUGGAGAGUAUUUCGAAGUGCUUCGUCGUCUGAAAGUACUUCUAUUUUAAUCCUCUCUCUGAAUUCAAACUUCAAAGGGUUGCUCGCAGUCUUCGUUCUUCGGGGCGAAGGUUUUUAAGCUGUGCGAACGGCGAUCUUCCCAAUAGGGGUCGCCGGAGAUGGCAGACGACAAAGCGGCGAUCGUGAUGGCGGGCAGAGAUAGAGAGCGAGACCUAGAGCUUCUAAUUCCGGUCACUGGCUCGCCAAAUGACGAAGCCUCCGCCAAGCCCUCGUCGUCUUUAUCGUCCUCGCAGCAGACUGGCCGCCAGACAUUUUACAGAGUCUUUAGGAGCUGGGCCUCAAAAAAGUUCAUGACCGGAUGUGUCAUUCUAUUUCCAAUUGCAAUAACUUUCUAUAUAACAUGGUGGUUUAUUCACUUUGUUGAUGGAUUUUUUUCUCCGAUCUAUGCUCAACUUGGAAUUGAUAUCUUUGGUCUUGGGUUUGCAACAUCAGUCACGUUCAUCUUCCUUGUUGGGGUAUUCAUGUCAUCAUGGUUGGGUGCUUCUGUUUUGGCUCUUGGAGAGUGGUUCAUCAAGCGCAUGCCAUUUGUUCGUCAUAUAUACAAUGCCUCUAAGCAGAUUAGUUCUGCUAUUUCACCAGAUCAAAACACCCAAGCCUUCAAGGAAGUUGCCAUCAUUAGGCACCCCCGUGUUGGUGAAUAUGCAUUUGGGUUCAUUACUUCAACUGUCACUCUCCAGAAUUAUUCUGGAGAGGAGGAGCUAUGUUGUGUCUAUGUUCCCACCAAUCAUCUUUACAUUGGUGAUGUUUUCCUAGUUAACUCACAGGAUGUUAUUAGACCGAAUUUAUCUGUACGGGAAGGAAUUGAGAUCGUGGUUUCUGGAGGCAUGUCAAUGCCUCAGAUUCUAUCCAUACUGGAUUCACACGCCAGACCAAUUGAUAGUAGAAGAUUGACUAGAAGCUGAGACUGAAUAUAUACUAUUGUUGGCUGCGCAAAUCAAUCGACCAUCUUAAGCGCUGAUGCAGUCGUUGGAGUUGGGCACCAAAACCUUUAGUGUCGGCAAAUCAUAACUUGUAAUAGAAAUUUGAUUAUGGUAGUUGGGUUUGAUUUCAUAUGGGUUAGAUUUUAGAAUACUUGUUGAUUCAGUAUGGGGAUGACCGGAUGGGAGUGCAUUAGCAUUAGAGUUUUUCACUUCAUUCUAAUUCAAUCGAGAAUGUAUACUUUCUUCUUGGUGAGUUACAUUCCGUUGCAUCAGAUGUAUAUUUGAGCAUGUACAUAUUUGCAGCAACAUUUCUAUGCUUCAACUGAACUAAAGAACUUGCCAUCCCAUCGUAGUAAAAUUUUGGAUUAUUUGGAUUUUUUUA